AUGCCCCAAACUGCCCGAAAAUUCGCACAUGGUGAUUACACUGUCGGGUGGAUAUGUGCUUUGCCAGAGACCGAGUUCGUGGCCGCAGGGGCCAUGCUGGAUGAAGAACAUCCAGUGCUUCCUGCCAUCCAGUUGCAAGAUACAAAUUCGUACCUCCUUGGCAGGAUUGGCGAUCACAAUAUAGUAAUUGCUUGCUUGCCUGCAGAAACAACAGGCAAAGUGUCUGCUGCUACUGUUGCCAAAGAUAUGCUCCGCAGCUUCCCGGCUGUCCGAUUUGGUCUGAUGGUUGGCACUGGUGGUGGGGCUCCAUAUUACGGUACGCAGGGAUCUGGCAAUACUGAAUUUAGUGAGCAGGAGGAGGAGGACUCCGAAGAUGAAUUGGAAGAUAUACGAGAUAUAAGACUUGGUGAUGUUGUGGUAAGCCUGCAUUCAAAAUCAGCAGAAGCGGUUGUGCAGUAUGAUUUUGGCAAGUCUCUACAGGAGAAGGAGUUUGUUCAUACCGGCGGCAAACUCAACAAGCCCCCGGCAAUAGUCUUGAGCGCAGUUUCUGUGCUCCAGCAACAGCAUAGACGGAAAGGCCAUACGAUUUCUGAGCUGUUAGCAGACACACUGUCAAAGAAUCCUGGCAUGGCUGAAGAAUUUCGGUAUCCAGGUUCGGCGAAAGAUCGAUUGUUCAAACCAGAUAUUGUUCACUUGGAGGGAAGGAAGUCAUGCAAGGCUUGCUGUGGGCCCAACAACAUGAACCUUGUGAGGAGAACAGACCGGCAUGGAAGUGCUCCCAAGAUACACUAUGGAACCAUUGGAUCAGCGGAUCAAGUGAUGAGGGACGCCAUAUUAAGAGAUAAGUGGGCACUGAAGGAGAAAAUAAUCUGUUUUGAAAUGGAGGCUGCUGGGUUAAUGGACCCGUUUCCCUGCCUCGUCAUUCGGGGUAUCUGCGACUACGCUGAUUCCCAUAAGAAUAAGAUCUGGCAGCCGUAUGCUGCGGCAACGGCAGCAUCUUAUGCUAAAGAACUUUUGCUCGUUAUUCCUGGACAAGGUGUCAUGGAUCUAUAUCCAAUUGAGCAAUCUCUUGGCAAAAUCGAAGCGAACCUCGACACGAUGAGGUCUAAGUUGGCCAGAAAAGAAGAUUAUGACUUACUCAACUGGAUCACGCCUGACGACUACGGCCCUUUGCAAAGCGACCAUUUUCGGAGACGACAAGCUGGAACUGGCGAAUGGCUUCUCAAUUCAAUGGAGUUUCAAAAGUGGCUCAAGACAAGGCAGGAAACCUUGUUCUGCCCUGGAAUUCCAGGCGCUGGGAAGACAAUCUUGGCGUCUGCUGUAAUCAACCACCUCACUAGACGCACCUGCGAAGAUCGAAGUCUCGGCGUUGCGUAUGUUUACUGCAACUUCCAGCGGAAAAACGAACAGACGGCCGACAGAUUACUCUCAAGUUUGCUGAAACAAUUAUCUGAGAGACUGCCGACCGUUCCAGGAGAGAUAAGCGACCUUUAUAGUCAGCAUAAAACUGACCGAACACGGCCGUCACUAGAAGAAAUAUCACGCACCCUCUAUUCUGUGGCUAUUAAAUACUCAAGAGUAUUUAUCCUUGUCGAUGCGCUUGAUGAAUGCCGAGAAUCAGAGAAUUGCCGAAUAAAAUUCUUGUCAGAGAUUUUCAGCCUCCAAGCUAGAUGUGGGAUCAAUAUUUUUGCAACUUCUCGGAUGAAUGGCGAGAUUGAGAAGAUAUUUACCAACGCUAUCUCCCUUGAAAUUCGUGCGACAGACCACGACGUAGAGACAUAUCUCGAUGAACGAAUGCGACUCCAACAGUUGGAUAUCCUGGAUGACGACACAAAAAUUGAAAUCAAGCGAACAGUUGUUAAUGCAACUGGUGGAAUGUUCUUGCUCGCAAAGCUGCACAUAAAGUCCCUCUUAUCCCUGCCAACGAAGGGUCAUAUUAAGGAUGCUUUACGGAACCUUGCUAAAGGAGAAGAGGCACUAGACAAAAUUUACAACCAGACGAUGGAGAGGAUUGAGGAUCAAAUAAGAGAAAGACGAGAUCUUGCGAAACAAAUUCUGUUUUGGAUUUUUUAUGCCAGAAGGCCACUUUCGACAGAAGAAAUUCGGCAUGCCCUUGCUGUUAAGAUCCAGUCCGCGAAACUGGACAAAGACUAUCUUCCCAGUACCAACCUCGUACGGUCUCUAUGCCUCGGGCUGGCUACAAUCGAUGGAGAAAGCGGUAUGAUUCGGUUGGUCCACUACACGACGCAAGAAUACUUUCGGCGAACCCAGGUCCGUUGGUUUCCUGAUGCAGAGCAUGAAAUCGUGAAAACCUGCAUCACUUAUCUAUCUUUCGAUACAUUUCAGAACGGGUUCUGCUGGAAUGAUGCAGAAUUUGAGAUCCGAAUACAGUCAAACGUUCUGUAUGAUUACGCUGCGCGUAAUUGGGGACACCAUGCUCGGGAAGCUUCAAAUAGGGCGCGACAGUUUAAUUCAAGCCUUCUCAAUGGUGCUGCCAAGGUGUCUAGCCUAAGUCAGGAUGUGCCACCGCAAAUGGCAAGUGUGGAUCUUGAAGCGUACUCAGUCCAAACGGAGAUGGUGUUAGAGUUCCUUAAUAUCAAAAUGUGCCACGGCAAAUGA